AUGAAGGCCAGCUUACGCGAGCUGCAAGAUAAACUCGCGCCUGCGCGCCAGGCUAUCCUUAAGCCGCAGCAACAGACAAAGAGUGAAUGGCGUCAUCAGAACGGAGGCCUCUUGCGGCACCAGCUACGAAGGAGUGCAGCAGUCCAGCAGGGUCUCUUCGAAGAGGUGGAGAGAAAAGGGCAAGAAGCUUAUAACCGAAACGCCGGCGAGCAAAAAGAGCAGCAGCCUCAGCUGAUGUAUGAGAAGCACGAGAAUCACGAAGUACAACAGGAAAUGGUGAUAGAACGUGUACGCCAGCAGCAUGACACGUACGAUCAGGACCUGGAGCAAACGAGACAGGAUAAAAAGACUACAGAGUGCUACACGCGUCUUGAAGGCGAAUUGUUGUCAUCGCUUUCGCAGCGAGACCAGCAAGUCGCACAGGAGGAGGCCACAGCUGAAAAUCAAUUCUGCCAAACCCCUGAGGAGUCCGAACAAGAUGGGGAGGAAAAAAUUCAUGUGGAUGGUUUUAUUGAUUGUCGCGAGCAGCCAGAGCGCGAGCUGCAGUCGAUGAGCGAAAAGCUACAGGAGCAGGAAGUCCAGAACAUCUACGCGCGAAAAAGCUACAGGAGCAGAACGUCCAACCGUGAGCAGCUAGACGAGGAGCUGCAGUCCAUGCGCAAAAAGCUAGAGGAGCAGGAAGUCCAGCACCGUGAGGAUCUCCGAAAGCAACAGGAGGAGCUCCAGCAAGAGCUGGAGAAGAUGAAGCAAGAAGCAUCUGUCAAGAAAGCCUGA